AUGAAGUACAAUACCCUUGCUAUUCUUCUUUCUUGCGGCCUGGCUUCUGCCCAGACUCUCAACAUUCCCACACGAGUUGGGAAUGUUGUUGCCCUUUCUCAACCUUCUGUCAUCAGCGGUUCGGUCGAUCUUGGAAACCGCGAGUAUGACCGUGGUGUUGACUGCAAGAGCGGCGAGAACGGCGACAAGGACGCAGUUUUCAUUCUCGAGAACGGCGCCACCUUGUCCAACGUCAUCAUUGGCGCUCGUCAGCUCGAGGGUGUUCACUGCGAGGGUGCAUGCACCCUGAAAAACGUGUGGUUCCGUGAUGUCUGCGAGGAUGCCGUCUCAGCCCUCGGGACCGGCGAUGUCCUCAUUCAGGGUGGUGGAGCCCAAAACGCCGACGAUAAGGUCGUCCAGCACAAUGGCCGUGGAACCGUCACUAUCCGUGACUAUACUGUUGUCAAUGUCGGCAAACUCUACCGUAGCUGUGGCGACUGUACCAACAAUGGUGGUCCUCGUCACGUUGUUGUUUCCAAUGUCCGCGCCAACACGCUCAAGUCCGACCUGACCGGCAUCAACUCCAACUACGGCGACACUGCUACCAUUAGCAACUCUUGUGGUGUUACUAAGAAGGUUUGCCAGGAAUACAAGGGUGUUAAGAAGGGAGACGGCAAGAGUGAGAAGGUCAGCACCACUGCUAACUGCCUGGGAGGUCAAGGAAAGCUUUCCAAGUUGCCUACCUGUUAA